AUGGGAGUAACUGGACUUUUGCAAUAUCUCAAGGAGAUCCAUGAACCAAGCUCUUUAGAGAGAUACCGUGGUAAAACCUUAGCGAUAGAUACAUAUGGUUGGUUACAUCGUGGUCUCAUAUCAUGCGCACAAGAGCUAUGCAAUGACCUUCCAACUAGAAAGUACAUAACCUCCAUAUUAAACAAGGUAGAAAUGCUUCGUCAUUUUGGAGUUGAGCCAUAUUUUGUAUUCGAUGGGGCAGCUCUUCCCACAAAAGCUGAUACUGCUAAUGAGAGAAGACUAAGAAGAGUGGAAGCUAGAAAAAAAGCUGAACAGUUCACGAAGAGCGGAAACAAAAAAUUGGCAUGGAAAGAGUAUAUGAAAGCGGCUUGUGUAACCGCUGAAAUGGCCAAAUCAAUUAUGGUAGAACUCGAUAGACUUAAUAUAAAGUAUAUUGUUGCACCUUAUGAAGCUGAUCCACAAAUGGUCUAUUUGGAAAAGAUUGGAUUGGUGGAUGGUAUUCUUUCAGAAGACUCUGAUUUGUUGAUAUUCGGUUGUAACAAACUCAUCACAAAGUUAAAGGACGAUGCUACUUGUGUGGAGAUUUGUCGUGAGAACUUCAUCAAAAUAAAGAAGGUUCCUUAUUUGCGUACUUUCAGCCAAGAGCAGCUUAGAAUAGUGGCUAUGUUAUCAGGCUGCGACUACACUAAAGGAAUUAGCAAUAUAGGACUCAAAACAGCAUUUUCCUUGGUUGCCAAAUUUUUGGAUCUAAAAAGGAUUUUAUUAGCAUUGAAAUCAGAUGGAAAAUCAUUUCCAGAUGACUUCUAUGAAGAGGUGAUGAAGGCCGACUUAGCAUUUCAGUUCCAAAAAGUUUUUAACCCCAUUACAGAUGAAUUGAAAAGCCUCAACGAAUACCCCAAAGAAUUUGAGGUAGACUUUGAGCUUAUAGAAAAUUGUUGUGGUGAAACCUUAGACAAUAAUUUACAAUCACAAAUCAGUAGAGGUAAACUUCAUCCAACAUCUCACACAAUAUUAGUAUCGAGAGAACAAAGUCUUCAAAAAUUGAAAAGCGAAUCGUUUGGCGACUUCAGAAGUCAAAGCUUAAAGAUGAAGCAAGCACGUACAAUCUCAGCUCCAGGAAAGUCACAUUUCAAAUCUAUCGAUAGAUACUUUACAGCUGGAAAGAAGGCAUCAAGUGCCUCUUCUGCUGACAAAAAACGUGAACUUGUAAACGAUAAAUCUGAUGACCAAUGUGCUAAUAAAAAACUCAAGAUAAUGUCAAGAAGUGAGAAGCAUAUGGGCAGAAGUAGGUAUUUCGGUACUAAAGAAUAUCAGGAUAUGGAAGAAAAGCAGGCAAAGGUAGUAGAGGAGACCAAUUGGGACUGCAGUAUCAUAUCUGGUGAUUCUGAUAUACCAGAUGAAUUUUCUUCCCCUUUAGUUAGAAACGAUAUUAAACAUAACUUAAUCUCGGAAUCAACAAUGUCCCAACUGCUUCUAGGGGAUACUGACAGCGAAGAAACAACAUCAAAGGUGGUUUCUGAUUUUCAGCUAUCAAAGUCAUUAGAUGAAGCUAAUUUUGAAGUUUUUGACGAAGAUGACGAAAUCGAAGAAUCGCCUACCAAGAAAGAGAACGCUUCAUCGGACUUGACAAAAUUCGCCCAAGUAUUGAGACAAAAGUAUGUGUUCAGCGAAAGCGCAACUGGAAGAUUUGCGAAAACGUAUACCAGGGCUCCACUUGAGCCAAAAGAUACUAAUAUACCUCCGCAAUCGGUGAAAUGUAAAGAUAUAUCAGAUCAGCACAACAAGGUCGUUUCAGAUGGUCUCAAAUUAGCUCCUAAGAACUCCGGAUCCGCAUUUCCUACUAAGAAUGGAGCUCAAAGUUUACAAAGAUUUGCAUUCAAGAAUUAA